CUUUUCCUCGUGUGCUCUCUUCUCGUUUUCUCAGGGAUCCAUUCCAAAGCUUCGGAGGCUGAGCGCCGGAAUGUGGAAGCUCGCUCAUGCUACGCGGAUCCUUCGCCAGAGCCGGCGGUUCUCCGCCGCCAUCCCUGGCCCUUGCAUCGUGCACAAGCGUGGAACCGACAUCCUUCAUGAUCCCUGGUUCAACAAAGAUACUGCUUUCCCUGUAACUGAAAGGGAUCGGCUUGGAUUACGAGGCCUUCUUCCACCGCGCGUUAUAUCUUUUGAACAACAAUAUGAUCGUUUUAUGGAUUCAUAUAGAUCACUUGAGCAUAAUACAAAAGGUGAGCGUGAAGGCAUUGUAGCAUUAGCAAAGUGGAGGAUCCUCAACAGAUUGCAUGACAGAAAUGAGACGUUGUACUACAGGGUCCUUAUUGAUAAUAUCAAGGAGUUUGCUCCUAUUAUAUACACUCCAACUGUAGGUUUGGUAUGUCAAAAUUAUGGAGGAUUGUUCAGACGUCCUCGAGGAAUGUAUUUCAGUGCCAAAGAUAAAGGAGAAAUGAUGUCUAUGAUAUAUAACUGGCCAUCUCCUCAGGUAGACAUGAUAGUUUUGACAGAUGGAAGCCGGAUUCUGGGUCUUGGAGACCUUGGAGUUCAGGGUAUUGGAAUACCGAUUGGGAAACUCGACAUGUAUGUUGCUGCUGCUGGUAUUAAUCCACAAAGAAUACUUCCUGUGAUGCUUGAUGUUGGUACCAACAAUCAAAAGCUCCUUGAAGAUAAACUUUAUUUAGGAUUACGGCAACCUAGGCUAGAAGGUGAUGAGUAUUUAUCCAUUGUGGAUGAAUUCAUGGAAGCUGCACAUGCACGAUGGCCGAAGGCAGUAAUACAGUUUGAAGACUUUCAAAUGAAGUGGGCAUUUGAAACUCUUGAGCGUUAUCGUAAAAGAUUUUGCACAUUUAAUGAUGAUAUACAGGGAACUGCUGGUGUUGCGCUAGCAGGACUCUUUGGUGCUGUAAGAGCUCAAGGGCUGCCAUUAAAGGACUUUGUAAAGCAGAAAAUUGUAGUUGUUGGUGCUGGAAGUGCAGGGAUAGGGGUGCUUAACAUGGCUAAGCAGGCUGUUUCGAGAAUGUUAGGAAGUGAAUAUUCAGAAGAAAACAACCAGUUCUGGCUACUUGAUAAAGAUGGCCUUAUUACAAAAGACAGGAAGAACAUUGACCCUGCAGCUGCUCCAUUUGCUAGAGGAUUCGGUCCCGGGGAGGUUGAGGGACUUGGAGAGGGUGCUAGUCUCUUAGAAGUGAUAAGAAAAGUGAAGCCUCAUGUGCUUUUGGGGCUGUCAGGAGUUGGUGGAGUCUUUGAUGAGCAGGUUCUCAAAGCAAUGCAAGAGUCAGAUUCCUCUCGACCUGCAAUUUUUGCAAUGUCAAACCCAACCAAGAAUGCUGAAUGCACUGCUGUGGAUGCAUUCAAACAUGCUGGAGAAAACAUUGUUUUUGCUAGUGGGAGCCCUUUCCAAAAUGUUGCUUUAGGAAAUGGGAAGAUGGGUUUUGUUAACCAGGCUAAUAACAUGUAUUUAUUUCCUGGCAUUGGUCUAGGAGCUCUUCUAUCAGGUGCUCGGCUUAUUUCAGAUGGUAUGCUACAAGCUGCAGCUGAAUGCCUUGCAUCUUAUAUCACAGACGGGGACAUCCAAAAGGGCAUCCUCUUUCCUUCUAUCUCAAGCAUCAGGCAUAUCACAACACAAGUUGGAGCAGCUGUUAUUCGUGCUGCCAUUGCCGAAGAACUUGCCGAAGGACAUGGAGAUGUUGAUCACAAAGAGUUAAUGCACAUGUCCGAGGAAGAAAUAAUCGAAUACGUCAAACGCAAUAUGUGGUAUCCUGUUUACAGCCCACUCGUUCACGAAAAAUGAGGAUUAAAUCAUGAAUUCUAUGGAGAAGCCAGAAGUGGUGCUCCAGAUGAUUAAUCAAUUAAUUAAUGUCUUCAGUAAUAUUCAGAAACAAUGUUGUGAGGAAGCAAAUUUUAGUUGGCAACAAACUGUUUAGACACAUUGUCAUGUACUUUCUUUUUGUGAUUUUUGGGCACUGGUUUUUCUAUUGCUGCCUAAGUUUAUAGAGGCAUCCUUUGGAAUCUGCCCCAACUUAAUAACAGAACUUUUUGGCUAA